AUGUGUUUGAAGAAGAUGCAGUAUCAUCAAAAAAUUCUCCGGCCCCACCACCCCUCCAUCGACCUCUUCUCCCUCUCCUUCAUCUACCAUCACCGCUUCGGCUUCCACGUCGACUCCUGGGUCCGCUCCGCCGUCACUCUCCUCCGCGCGCGUGAGCUCCACCUCGACUUCUUCAUCCACCGCGACUACCACCAGACCGACGAGACCUUCCACCACAAGUACGACUUCCCCUUCGCCACCCUCCGCAACGGCGACCUCGCCCUCCUCAGGCUCACGCGCGUCGACCUCACGCUCCCGGCCAGCAUGGCCUCCAUGGGGCUCGUCUCGCUGAGCUCAAUGUACCUCGAUGAGGUCUAUCUGACGGACCAGAACGUGUGUGAUUUGAUCUCGGGGUGUCCGAAUCUUGAAGAAUUGGAGCUCCAAAACUGUUGGGGGAUGGUGAAGCUGAAGAAGCUUGUGCUUGGUUACAUUUACGACAUGGAAUCGUGCAACACGAUUGAGAUUGAUUGCCCCAGUUUGUGUUCCGUAAGGUUUGAUAACUCUAGUUUCAUCAAGUUUGUGCUUAACUAUGCGCCGGCAUUGGUGGAGUUUAGUGUCAGCAUUGUGCGAAUUUCGAAGGAGGACUAUGAGCCGUGGACUAGGAUUGUGAGGCUGCUGGAGCAAGCUCCUUUUGUGAAGCAGCUUCGUUUGCAAAAUUGGUGGUGUAAGCUUCUUACAUCAAAGGAUCCUUUUCCCAAAAGUUUUAUGCUUCACAACCUCAACCACUUGAAGCUGCAAACAAGGUAUACCCAAUGUGAUCUGGUUGGCUUGGCAGCACUGCUUGAGCUUUGUCCCAAUCUGGAGAAUAUGAUGUUAGAAUACGUUGAUAAGAAUGUGGAAGAUGGUAUAUUACCUGAAGAGUUCUCAAAUAAAUUGGAUGGAUUCCGCAUGCCAAGUCUGAAGCAAGUGACCAUGAAAUCAUAUUCUGGAACUCCAGAUGAAGUGAAUUUUGUGCAUCUUUUGAAAAAGCAUGGGGUCGUCCUGGAAAAGAUAGUAAUCCAUCACACCAAAGUUGGUGAGAAAUCAUUUUCUCCUGUAGUAUUAAAUAAAAUCCCUUGCAAAGUUUAAGCACUGCAAGAUCUUCUUGUACAUUGGUUCCGAAUAAAAUAGUUGCAAUUUUUUUGUUUUAUUUUGGACCUGAUGAAGUCAGAGGACUUAUUAUCAUGGAUAAUAAUUGUUCUGUUUAUAUUUGAUUUAAAUACAGGAUUUUGC